UGUUUGUUAAUGUCCUACAGAUACGGCGUGGAAAGUUGCACAACGCUGACUGGUGAUUACGGAUGGAAGGAAGUAGGUAUGAAAUGGUUAUUUCAGUGCGCUUGCGCAGCAAAGUUUAUCUGAUGGCUCCUGCAGUGGAAACAAUUCCCAUCUGUUCCAGUCCUGGUACUGAGAAUAUCUGAUGACAGUCAUGCCAAGCACUGAGAAUUAUAAUUAUGGACUAAGAAACAUGACACUGACUUCCACAAUGGCUAUACCUCCAUCUAUGUCCAUUGACAAGCUGUUUCCAGCUUUACUGGAAUGCUUUGGAAUAAUUUUGUGUGGCUAUAUUGCCGGAAGAGCAAACAUGAUAACAUCUUCACAGGCCAAAGGGCUUGGUAAUUUUGUGUCCAAAUUUGCUCUUCCUGCUUUACUAUUCAAGAACAUGGUAUUGCUAGAUUUUGCAAAUGUCAUCUGGUCUUUCCUUUGGAGCAUUCUGAUUGCCAAAGUGACUGUGUUUGUUAUUGUGUGUGUGCUCACAUUGUUAGUUGCCAGUCCAGACAGCAGGUUGAGCAAAGCAGGACUUUUUUCCAUUUUUGCCACUCAAAGCAAUGAUUUUGCUUUGGGAUACCCCAUUGUUGAUGCACUGUAUGGGAACACAUACCCUGAGUAUCUUCAGUACAUUUACCUGGUAGCUCCAAUCUCUCUUAUGAUUCUAAAUCCAAUAGGGUUUGUGUUUUGUGAGAUUCAAAAGUGGAAAGAAAAUCGUACUCCACAGCAGAGCAAACUACGAAUUAUUGGAAUGGUGUUGCUUCAGGUUCUGAAAAAUCCCAUUGUUUUCAUGGUCAUUGUUGGAAUCUCAAUGCACUUUAUCCUGGGCCAGAAGAUUCCUGCUAUUAUAGAGCAGUUUGUGGAUGGACUGGGAAAUUCCUUUGGGGGCUCUGCCCUAUUCUACCUUGGCUUGACUAUGGUGGGGCAAAUUAGAAAACUUACAAAAUCUACCUUUGUAUCUCUUAUCCUUCUGAUAACGGCAAAGCUCCUUGUGAUGCCACUUAUAUGCAGAGAAAUGGUGGAAUUAUUAGACAGGAACAGCAGUACAGGAAACCACACAAGUCUGUCAAACUAUGCCUUUCUCUAUGGAGUCUUCCCAACUGCACCAAGUGUAGCAAUCUAUGCAAGCCAGUAUAACAUGGAAUUAGAAAUAGUCACCUCAGGAAUGGUAAUAAGCACAUUUGUUUCUGCCCCUAUCAUGUAUGUAUCUGCUUGGUUAUUGACUAUUCCUUGGAUGGACUCCCAACUGCUUCUCUCAGCACUUCAGAAUGCCAGCUUUGAUAUAAGUAUAAUCACUUUAUUUGCUUUGGUAUGGUCUGUGGCAGUCAUGAUUCUAAGCAAGAAGUUUAAAAGGCUUCCUCAUUUGUUUACCACAAACUUGCUUCUAGCACAGUUUCUGGUCUGUGUUGGAAUGAUUUUGUGGAAGUUUAUCAUCAAUCAAAAUAACUUUAUUGGUCAGAUUCUGUCAUUCAUUUUGCUCUACAGCUCCCUUUACAGUACUUACCUGUGGACAGGGCUAAUAGCUCUUUCUUUGCUGCUGUUAAGGAAGGAUGAUGAGCCGAAGAUACGCAUGGCAGCUUUUAUAAUUGCAGGAUGGGGAAUCCCAGCCUUCAUUGUGGGCAUGCUUCUAAUUGCUGGACAUAAAAAUGAAGAGACACUGGAUUCUGCUUUUUUUUAUGGAAAACCUCAGAUUAUGAGUACAGCAGUUGUUCUUUUAUGCAGUAUAGUUGUGGCUGGCGUAUCUCUAAUGUUCCUGAGUCGCAGCUACCAGGAUUCAAAUUACCAAGUGCUUGAUCAAACGUCUUUACCUGGAACAAGUGAAGACCUAAGACCCCUGGACAAUCAAGAAUCUCCUCAACUCAGGGGAACUAUGUUAUCACCACAGCUUGAAGCAAGCAUUCAGGAAGACAGUUGCCCCUGUGGAUUGUCAAAUGGUAAAAUGUGCUGUUCUUCUGCACCUGUGCCUGAUAUGAUUGCCUGUGGUAGCAGACGUGAUGCUCCAAAUGGUCAAGCAGGUCAAUGUGCGAGAAACUGUGAAUCACAGAGCUGUUUGCUGGUAUUAGAAGAGCAGAAACUGCAUAACACUGAUAGACAGCUGGCCAGACAUGUUCUCCUUUGUCUUUUACUCAUUGUUGGACUUUUUGCAAAUCUCUCUAGUUGUUUGUGGUGGCUGUUUAAUCAGGAACCGGGACAACUUUAUGUAGAGCUGCAGUUCUUCUGUGCCAUUUUUAAUUAUGGCCAGGGCUUUAUUACGUUUGGCAUUUUUGGAUUGGAUAAGCAUCUGAUAAUUGUGCCAUUCAAAAAAAGGAUUGCAGGCCUGUUUAUGGGUAAAGAAAAGGUGGAUGAGAACGAGUCUGCAGUGUCGGAGGAAAUUAGGAUGACCUGCAGACAGUUUGUCAGGUAUCAUAAAGACCAGUGUGUCCGGGAUAUCGUACAGCAGAGAAGAUAUUGGAUCCACUUGGUCACAAAAGCAUUGACAUGGCAUGGCUAUCAUGCAGUUUUGCAAUUGGGGUGUGGCAUCAGGACGUCCACCGACAUCUUUUGCGGCUGUGACCUGGUAGACUGGCUUCUUCGUGUCGGCUUGGCACACGAUCGAGGAGAAGCAACGGAAUAUGGUGAACAACUGUUACAAGGAGGCAUUCUGCAGCACAUAUCAGGGCAAUAUGAAUUUCAGGACGACAGUCUGUUUUAUCGUUUUAAGAAGUUAAAGAGAAUGGGCAUCUAAGGAAGUAUUAUUGUUUCAAUGGCACCAAUUUGACUGCUACACAAUCUUCAGGUACACUGUGUCAAGCUUGAAUAUGAGGACUGUGCAUAGAGCGGCACUUAAUAGUACAAAAAAAAACAAAACACGCCUUUGAAAUUUAGAUAUUAUUCACAUUAUGCACAUGUUUAAGCUUUUAAAGACCAAGAGAUGCAGUUGCCGGUCAAACCAAAAGCAGUGUGUUACUCCAUGUAUGUUGUUUACACAGAUUUUGAAUUUAAAAACUGAAGAAAAUGCAAAGAUAGAAAUGUAUUCAUAAUAUAUUAAAUAUUGUUAUUUUGCUAGGUGAAAAGUUUAAAUA